UGCAGUCCACAUCUUCACAGCUGAGGUGCCUCUGCUUCUUGUCUCUGCCUCUGCUCAGGUACAAAGUCCACUGCAACUAUGGCUGACGAGGAAGUUGAUCAGGUUGAGGAGGGAGAAGAAGAGAAGCCAAAGUUCAAACCCACUGCUCCCAGGAUCCCCGAUGGCGAGAAAGUGGACUUUGAUGACAUCCAGAAGAAGCGUCAGAACAAGGAUCUGAUGGAGCUGCAGUCCUUGAUCGACGCUCACUUCGAGCUGAGGAAGAAGGAGGAAGAGGAGCUCAUCGCCCUCAAGACCAGAAUCGAAAAGCGCAGAGCUGAGAGAGCAGAGCAGCAGAGGAUCCAGGCUGAGAAGGAGAAGGAGCGCCAGGCUAGACGUGAGGAAGAGAAGCUGAGGAAGGCUGAGGCCGAUGCCAAGAAGAAAGCCGAUGAGGAGGACAAGAAGAAGUCUGCUCUGUCGAGCUUGGGCGGAGGCUACAGCAGCCACUUGCAGAAGGCCGACCAGAAAAGAGGCAAGAAACAAACAGAGAGAGAGAAGAAGAAGAAGAUCCUGGCCGAUAGACGCAAGCCUCUUAAUAUUGACCAUCUCAACGAGGACAAGCUCAAGGAGAAGGCCAAGGAGUUCCACGAAUGGCUGAAAACUCUGGAGUCUGAGAAGUACGAUCAUAUGGAGAAGCUGAAGAGGCAGAAAUACGAGGUCACAACACUCCGCAAGAGAGUGGAGGAGCUCAACAAAAGAGAGGGCAUUGGAGGAGCUGUGGCCAGCAAUGUGGAUGGGAAAUUGACUGAGGUACAAAACAUCACAUUUCACAUUCCCAUUGGUAUCCCUGGUCAGACAUUCCCACCAUAG